AUUAGUUGUGUGUAGCCUCAUGAACAGUGCUCAACUGCGAAACCGGUUUAUCUUCUUGACACAGUUAACUGAAAAGUCCAAUAUUCAUAAUGUAAACACUUCCUGCAAUACUGAAAUUCAGAAUAUAUAACGGAAAUGUUUGUAGCUUAGAAUGUAGCUUGGAUUGUCUGCUGCAUCGAAUACUUUUCUGGGAUCCAGCCCAAACAGGAAAUAAAAGAAAACAAUGAAGAUAUGAGCAUAUUGAACAGAGGACGAUUAAAAUCAGCAUGCACACACCAGGCUGAGCCUCCAAUUCCUGAACAUGUGUGAUAGGACAAGGACAUGUUUUACAUUGCCCUGUUAUGUAGUUAAAGGACACUGCUUGUUGAACACUAGUCAGACUAUAUUCUACUGUGAAACGUAAGCAAUGUAUUGCUGUAAACAUUGAAAUUUGGAUGGAGGAAUAACUUUGGAAGAUGUGUUUCAUUUACAUAUAGUACAAUUUGUUUGAAAAGCAUAGAGACAGGAAACCCUGUGGUCAAGUCCUGAUAACUUAAGAAUAAGCUCCCUUUAAAUCAAGAUUUGAGAUGUCUUUAUCCGCCUAACACAGACAGGAAGAAUUUGGCCGUGAUAAAACAUUGGUUGUACAUAACAGUCCAGGAGACAGUGGCUGGUAACAGGGAGCCCACCAUUCUGUGGUCCAAGAGUGUUGAAAGCUCCCAUAGUGGUGGCUGUCAGGGUGAUAACAGAAGUUUUCCCACUGUGGGUGUGGGGGGGCUGAGGUGGCAGUAUGCUGGUGAAGGAGUACCGCAUCUCCCUCCCCAUGAGUGUGGAGGAGUACCGUAUCGCUCAACUAUAUAUGAUCCAGAGAAAGAGUCGAGAAGAGAGUCAUGGAGCGGGGAGCGGGGUUGAGAUUCUGGAGAACAAACCAUACUUGGAUGGGCCAGGUGGUACAGGACAGUACACAUACAAGAUCUACCACAUAGGCUCUCAUCUGCCAGGCUGGUUCCGGGCUAUACUGCCCAAAUCUGCACUGCGUGUAGAGGAAGAGGCAUGGAACGCGUACCCGUACACGAAAACACGCUACAAAUGCCCAUUUGUGGAGAAAUUUGUGCUUGAGGUGGAAACACACUACCUUAACGAUGGGGGAGAGAGGGAUAACAUGUUCAACCUUUCCAAGACAGAGCAGAAGGACAGGACAAUAGAUUUCAUUGACAUAGUAAAGGACCCAAUAUCUACAGGGGACUACAGGAAGGAAGAAGACCCUAAACUUUUCAAGUCACAGAAGACCAACAGGGGCCCCUUGUUUGACAAUUGGAGGGAAGACUAUGCAAAGGCAGCUAAAUCUGACCCAGACAAGAAGAUAAUGACAGCGUACAAACUGUGUCGCGUGGAGUUUAGAUACUGGGGCAUGCAGAAUAAGAUUGAGAGAUUUAUACAUGACAUUGGCCUGCGGAAGGUGAUGUUACGGGCACAUCGGCAGGCUUGGUGCUGGCAAGAUGAGUAUUAUGGCCUGCAGCUGGAUGACAUACGACGUCUUGAACUUGAAACACAGCUCGCUCUGCAAGAAACAAUGGCCGGUGUCAAUGAUAAUGAUGAGUUUUUAGAUAUCAAUGUGCCAUCUACAGCAACGAAAGCUAAGACAGACAGUGCAGUUACAGUGACAAAUGACAGUGAUAAUGUCAAAAAUGAUUCGACCCAAAGUCAGCUACCAAGUUCAAAGUCAUUAGAACAGGUGAAGCUGACUAGUCGUCAGGGGCGACAAAGCCCUGUCCCCUCCCAGACCUCCUCACAUUCCACACAUAAACAGAUAUCACGAUCAAAAACAUCUCUUGACUCCAGCCAGGUGACUGACUGGCGAUUCCAGUCUCUGGAACAGCUUCAAGAGUCAAGCUCCGAUGAAGAAGACGAGUUCUUUGAUGCACAAGAGGAGGUUGUUAUUAAGUCAGGAGACUUGCAAGCGAGGAUACCGGGCAAGGGCCUUUUUGAUGAUGUAUUCAGCUCUGACUUAGAAUUGUCAGAUUCCGAGUCAGACGCAAGUAAAGCAUGGGAAGGUCUCGGCGCAAGGUCACUCUCCAUGGAGACACUCUCAGUGUCUAAUGACGAGUUCACCGAUGCCAGGUCACAGCUCUCCUUUGAUACAGAGAGUCAUGGUGGUCGACGGUUUGAGAAGCUGUGCCAGAAGUACAGCCUGGAGACGGGCAAGUUUGAGAAGCAACCCCCUGUGGCCCCCCUUUGUAAAACCAACAUCCUCUUCCUUGUCAUACAUGGGGGAAGUUUACUUGACACUGCAUUUGACCACUUCAACUCAUCAAAGAGGAGUGACUAUAACACAUUGAAGGCGACGUUUGACACAGUGAUGGGGGCCCACUACCUGGCUGCACGGGGUCACGUGGCCCUCAGGCUGGUACCCUGCCCACAGAUCUGCUCUGAAGCUCUCAGUGUACUUUCAAGCCUUAGCCCGUUUGGUUUUGAUGCGAUGAGCCCGAACCCUGCAGAGAGUGGUCUUCCCUGGAGCCAGGAGUUUGUUCCCCUGGGGGCCCUAGGGCUGUUCUCAUCAUGCAGCCCAGAGUACCAGGACCACAUCAACUCUAUGGUGGCCAAGGCCAAUCUCGUGUACAUGGACUUCCUACAGAGUGACGAGGGGCGUGGGUUUAAUGGCCAGGUGUGCAUACUGGCAGAUGCUACUGGCUCCAUCUUGACAUACGAUGCCCUGUGCCAUUCUCGCACUCAGCUAAGCAGGUGUGGGAGCCAAUAUGGCAGCCAUUCUAGUGACAUUAAUGAGGGUGAGCGCCCACAUGGCAGCACACACACCCUCUGUGAUGGGGAGGAGUCUGCACAGGACAAGUCUGAGAAAUCCAUGGAUGAAAAAUCUACAGUUCAAGAAUCUAGACCUAAAUCUGGAACUGACAGUACUGAGCAUAUCAAGCAAAACACCACCGGUACAAUCAGAGACAGUGCUGACCCUAUACGGAGACAUUUCUCGGAGCAUCUUUCGUCAUCUCAAACUCCAAAAAGUGUUUUGCAGAAAACAGAAAGUGUCCCAUUUGAGAAUCGUACUCGUAAGCCAGACCAGCGGCCAUUGUCAGUGCGGCUGCAGGUGACCCAGUCGAUGGAAGCAUCGAGUGAGUCGUGCCAGCGACGCACAAGCAUGGAGAGCCAGUAUGAGCAUCUGAGGUUUGAGUUUGAGGUGGGCGACUUCUUUAUGCUAGGUUCUCCCUUGGGUCUUGUCCUUGCAUACAGGAGAAUGUUCUCGGGGGAAAACAAGCAAGCGUCGCCAAAUCGCCCUGACUGCCAGCAGAUAUACAACUUGUUCCAUGCAAGCGACCCCUCCGCCUUCCGUAUUGAGCCCCUCCUCAACUACAUCUUCCGACAGAUCCCUCCCAUCAAGGUCGCACGUUACAACAAGUUCCCAAUGGGGGAUGGCGAGUCUAUACAAAUUGUGGAGACUGUGUGUCACUAUGUGCACAUGUUCCUUGACCAAUCGCUGACCGAACACAUAGAGGGAAUGAGUGACCAGGCCAACAUUGGCUCGGAGCUGCUCGUGUUACUACAGCGGCAGGCGAGCGUGACAAGCACGUGUAGCCAGCUGUACAACAGUGCCCAGUUUGGCAGCACGUUCUCAAUCAUCGCCAAUGUGAGCAGUAAAUGGUGGGGAAACAAGCGCCUGGACUACAUGCUCUACUGCCCGGAAGUUCUGCAUUCGUUCCCCGUGCGUGCCCUCCCACCAUUGUUCCACGCCAGCUUCUGGGAGUCCACAGAUGUUGUUGCCUUCGUCCUCAGACAGUUGUUCCAACAGGACUUGGGCUUCUCAUACCAGGAUGAGCCUUCUCCCGCGACAUACACCAACCAGGCCUCUGACGACAACCAGCCACGCGAGAAAUGGCAGAAGAAGAGAAAUAUGUACAAAGUCAGGAACCUGCAGCCAAAUCACCGUGGUAACGAUGUGCUUGUGCUGGAGGAUCACACACAGAAGAUUACGGCCAAGUUCAUGUAUGGUCCCCUUGACAUGACCUCACUCUCUGGGGAAAAGACUGACGUGCAUGUGAUGUCAGGCUUGGGUGAGUGGACGUACAUGGGUACGGAGGUGACGGACGGGCACGGGAGACUCUCGUUCACCAUUCCUGCCGACCGCCAGCUGCCCCAGGGCAUACAUCCUGUCAAACUUGUGGUCAGAGUAGACCACACGACUGCAGACCUGUUCCUGGCUGUGUUGCCCCCCAAGACAGAGACGGUGGUAUUUAGCAUUGAUGGCUCAUUCACUGCAAGUGUCUCCAUCAUGGGCAAGGAUCCAAAGGUCAAACCUGGGGCUGUGGAUGUGGUCAGGCACUGGCAGGAGCGAGGCUACCUGAUCAUGUAUGUGACAGCAAGACCUGACAUGCAGCACAACAAGGUAGUGGCCUGGCUUGCCCAGCACAAUUUCCCCCAUGGCAUGGUUACAUUCAUGGUCGGCUUCUCCAAAGACCCGCUCAAACAGAAGUUCAACUACCUUCGCGGGCUUCAAAAACAGGCCCAGUUGUCAUUCCGGGCAGGCUACGGGUCCAGCAAAGACAUCAAUGGCUACAGGGAUCUGGGGCUUACCCAGGAGAAAAUAUUCAUUGUGGGAAAGGCAAACAAGAAACAACAGAAUCUUGCCACUUUCAUCAGUGCUGGUUAUGCAGCACAUCUGGAGAACCUGAUGAGCCCGGGCGGGUCCCGUCCCGCCAGUGGUAAUGCUGUCUUCCUCCUCCGCAAGACCUGCUUCAGCCUGCCCUCCUCAGAUAGCAAGCGAAGUUCCAAACACCGCCCAGCCUCAGGGCUGACUGUGUCAGGAUCGGCAGAUAUUCCCGCUAUCGCGCGGCCGGACAACAGCACCGCCCAGACCCAUAUCACCAUCAGUGACCAGGGCAACACCCUCCUGCAGCCUGUUCAAGCAGGUUUUGGGGCCGCAGUCAGAGCGCGUGGGACUUCACCCAGGCCUAAAAUGGCCCUCGAUACUCAUAAAUAGCUUUAUGUUCAUUGUUAAUCAAAUUUUGAUUUUAUAUUUGUUAAGCAGAUUUGUCCCUGUUAUGAUGUUAUUAUGAUAUUUUUUUCUUUAUUUUUUCUUUAUAGUAUUAUAUUACAUAUACUGAGGAGGUAUGUUAGGAAACUGCUGCAUGCUAUGACCUUCAGUGUGCUGGUAAUUGACCCGCAUGCAUAAAGUCAUACAAAUAUUUAAUGCAAACCUUAGGAUUAAACUCUUAUAUAUUUUGUUAUGAUCAAUAAAACUUUUAUCGAGUUUUCAGAAUAGUUGCUAUUGUUAAUAAAACAAAAAAGUAAUAUAUUCACACAUACGUUACGGCCAUUAGAUAGAACCCCUAAAAGUGAUCUAAUUGACAGUUUUGUUAAACUAGCAUUUUAAAGAGGGACCAGAGUAUUUCUUUUUUAUAUUUUCCUGUCAAAUGUUUUUAAAAAGUUGAUCAUUUUGAAGUGUUAAUACACUGUUUGUUUUUAAUAUAGUUUUAUUCAAUGAGGUUUGUGCCUGAUAAUGUUUUGAUUUAAAAUUGCCCCUUUUAUACAAGUAGUUUGUUGUCAACCAUUGUUAUUGAUUAAACGAAAUACAUACCUUACAUAAAGAUGAAGUCAGAAUAGGUUAAAUCUGAUCUCACUUCAUUCUUCAAAACACUUCCUGCAUAUUUUGUUUUUAAUUAUACUAGAAACAAAAUUGAUCAAUUGGAAAAUAGGUUUUGGAUGUUAAAAAUAUGUAAUAUAGUCGUAGAUCUUAUCUUUUGGUCUGAAACUGUUGUUUAUUUUUACAUUUAUAACUUUAAUGAAUUGCACAUUUUUUAUUACACUCUGCCAGCUAAGUUUCUUCCAAUAAAGAGAUAGGUUAAAGUUACAUAGGAAUGAUUUCCUGAAACUUUGAUUUUUGUAUAUUAAUCAAUUUUCUAACCUGUGUGUUUUACAGUGUGAAAGCAAUGUUCACCUUGUUGUCAUAGGUUGCGAAACACAUUUAAGCUCUGUAUGGUGAGCUCUCUAUAUGGUGAGCUAUAUCUGGUGAGCUCUGUAGAACUGUAUGUGGUAGGCUCUGUCUGCUGAAUCUGGGUCAUGUUUACAUGCAAACCUUAACUUGGAUGUUCAACUAUUGUUGUUUACGGCCUAAUGCUCGCCCAAGCUUCACAAGAUACUCAAGUUAUUACUCCAUAAGGUACUGAACUCAUUUUACCAUGUUUCGCAUUACAAUGGUACGAAAUAUAUAGAACUAUUUUACUCUGUUGGAAUAGCAUUUUCUCGCAAAUUAUGUUGAUAUCAUUGUUCAGACAAUGCUUGUAAUGAAAGUCGUUUUAGAGCAUGCAAUCUACUUGCAUAAUUACUUAAAUGUAUUUUUCAUACUUAUUAAUGACCUUAAUGCGAAAACACACAUUUAGGUUAAACAAUAUUAAUUUUUAGAAAUAGAAAAGAAAUCAAAUUUGAAAUUACCAUCUGCAAUUAUUUCAUUAUUUUUGUAUAUUAUAUACAGUAUUUAAAAAUAUUGAAGUCCGUCAAGUUAAUACUGGAUUUUAUUUGGAGAAACUGGGACCUGCUUUUUUAUAUGUACUUAGUUUAUAAUAUAGACAAGAAGAAAGGUUUUUGUCCUCUAGUCAGGGCAAUAUUUAUACUUUGUAUUAAAUCAAACGUCCGAGUGAGUAAUGGUUUUUAAAAGGAUUUUACAUUACUUGCACUAAAUGUUGAGUUUUAUGACCAUACAUGUAUAUGUGUUAAAAAUGACAAAAUAUGUGUGGAAUAUUGAUGCCUUUUGUUUGACAUGUUUGUUGUUUAUUAGAUAUUUCUCUUCAAGUUGUCCACGUGUCAAAACAUUGUCCAUAUAAACCCAAUGUGCCAGGCCCAUAUCCUGGAUGGUUUUAUCUAAUUGUGAAUAUUUAUAUUUAUUAUUAUUUUUAUUUACGAAAGAAUCAAACAUUUUCUCUAGUCUAGUUUUAAAUGUCUUUAUUAUGCCCCCCUUUGAAGAAGAGGGGUAUAUUGCUUUGCACAGGCAUGUCGGUAUGUCGGUCGGUCCCUCGGUCCGUCGGUAGACCAAAGCUUGUCCGAGUGAUAACUUGACAAUGCCUGCACCCAUGGCCCUCAUAAUUGACAUGGAGGUUGGGCCUGACCAGUAGAUGACCCCUAUUUUUUUUUUGGGGGGGGGGGGUCAUCGGGCCAAAGAUCAAGGUCACAGUGAUCUUGAAUGUUAAAAGGUUGUCCAUGUGAUAACUCGACAAUGCCUACUCCUAUGGCCCUCAUACUUGACAUGGAGGUUGGGCCUGACCAGUAAAUGAUCCCUAUUGUUUUGGGGUGUCAUCGGGCCAAAGGUCAAGGUCACAGUGAUCUUGAAUGGUAAAAGGUUGUCGGUGUGAUAACUUGACAAUGCCUGCACCCAUGGCCCUCAUACUUGACAUGGACGUUAAGCCUGACCAGUAGAAGACCCCUAUUGUUUUGGGGGGUCAUCGGGCCAAAGGUCAAGGUCACAGUGACCUUGAAUGGUAAAAGGUUGUCCGAGUGAUAACUCUACAAUGCCUGCACCCAUGGCCCUCAUACAUGACAUGGACGUUGGGCCUGACCAGUAGAUGGCCCCUAUUGACUUUAGGGUCAUUGGACCAAAGGUCAAGGUCACAGUGACCUUGAAUGAUAAAAGGUUGUCAGAAUGAUAACUCAACAAUGCCUGCACCCAUGGCCCUCAAACUUGACUUGGAAGUUGAGCCUGACCAGUAGAAGAUCCCUAUUGAUUUUAGGGGUCAAAGGUCAAGGUCACAGUGACCUUGAAAGCAAACUCGACAAUUCCUGGACCUAUGGUCAUCAAACUUGACAUGAAGGGUUGGCCUGACCAGUAGAUGACCCCUCUUGAUUUUGGGGGUCAUUGGACAAAGGUCAAGGUCACAGUAACAUUUAACGCACAAAAGUUAACAAAUCUUCUCCCUGUGAUAUCUCAAUGCCUGAACCUAUGAUCAUCAAACUUGACAUGGAAGUUGGGCCUGACGAGAAGAUGACCCUUAUUGAUUUUAGGAGUCAUCGAGUCAAAGGUCAAGUUUACAGUGACCUUGAAUGCGAAAAUGUUUCGAGUGAUAACUCGACAAUGCCUGCACCCAUGGCUCUCAAACUUGAUUUGGUGUUGCGUCUGAUCUGUAGAUGGCCCCUUAUGAUUUUAGGGGUCAUGUGGUCAAAGGUCAAGGUCACAGUAACCUUGAACGAAAAAAAUCUUGUCUGUGUGAUAACUUGUCAAUGCCUGCAUCCAUGGCCCUCAAACUUGACAUUUAGAUUUUUUGUGACCAGCUGAUGACUCCUAUGGAUUUUGAGGUCAAAGGUCAUGGUAUCUUAAAACUGCCUCAACGGCAUCCAAUGUCAGUGACAAACCAGCUGUCAUUUGGGUCCAUGCAUAUUUCAUUCAAUUGUCCAUAUAAUCCUGACAACAUGGCGCUCAGGGGGGCAUAAUGUUUGACAAACAUCUCUUGUUGUUACCUGUUUCCAAUAGUUUUAUGUGAGAUCAAACAUUAGCAUAUUUUUAUACUAGUCCCUAUUUUACUGUCUGUAUAUGUUCCAUCAAUGUUUCAGCAAACAUGCAUGUCUAAUAUUUUCAACAUCACUGUAUAAUUAUUAUGUUUAUGAAGUGUACAGAACUAUGUCCAUGCUUUCUUUGUUGGAUCAUUUCAUUAUGAAAGUUAUCUUUUUCAUCUUUCAAAAACGUAUGUACAUUUUUGAAACAAUGUCUGUUAUUUCCGAUUUCUCAGUGUCUAGUAGCAAUAUACAGGGCUCUUACCAUCAACUGUGUGGUCAAACCAAUACUGAAUACACGCGGAGGAGUUGACUUUUAUCAUUUUUAUUAAACUACAUAAUAGUAUCAAUCAUUGUAUAUUGUGACCCUUAUCCAACACCAGCUUGUUCAUGACAUACAUGUACAUUGGUGAUGUCAUUGGCAAUGGUGGAGUCAUGUGACCUAUCUUAUGACUGGCCAUGUGAGUGAUCUUUCUUUGGCAUUGUGGCGCAUGUGACCAUGUUAUCGCUCCGGGAUGGUACCCACAUCCCCUUUUGUUACUGAUUAUUUUAAUGUUGUUAAUAUAAUGUUAUAGUAGAUAAUAAAUAAUAUGAAAAAUU